AUGCAAGUUAGGGACGGAGGAAAAAUGCUUGGAAACGUGACGGGCGAGAUGGAGGGCGACAUCCUUAAUGGUACCGGCGUGGCCUACGCCCCGGCAGCUUCGAACGGCUCACAUGCGGCGCCCGCAGAGGCCUUCACAACUGCCCUCGCCUCCAUCAAUGCUACGCUCAACGGCUCCUCGCAGAACGCCCUGGACCGCAAUGAGGAGGUGGCCAAAGUCGAGAUCGCCUUGCUCUCGAUCAUCUUGUUCGUGGCCAUCGUGGGCAAUGUCUGCGUGCUGCUGGCCCUCAUCAACACCCGCAAGAAGACGUCACGCAUGCACCUCUUCAUCAUGCACCUGAGCAUCGCGGACCUGGUGGUUGCCUUCUUCCAGGUGCUGCCGCAGCUCAUCUGGAAAAUCACCUACCGCUUCAACGGCUCUGACUUCCUGUGCCGCACCAUCAAAUACCUGCAGAUCCUAGGCAUGUUCGCCUCUACGUACGUGCUCAUCAUGAUGGGGCUAGACCGCUACAUUGCCAUCUGCCACCCUCUAAGGACGCUCCGCCAGUCUUCCAAGCAGUCCUACCAGAUGAUCUUCGUCAGCUGGUUCCUGAGCAUGCUCUUCAGCCUGCCGCAGGCGUUCAUCUUCUCGAUGUCCGAAGUGGAGAACUCGGGCAUCAUCGACUGCUGGGCUGAGUUCAUCAAGCCCUGGGGCACCAAGGCGUACAUCACCUGGAUGACAAGCUCAGUCUUCAUCAUCCCGGUGAUCAUCCUCAUCUGGUGCUACGGCAUGAUCACCUUCGCCAUCUGGAAAAACAUCAAGGCCAAGACGCAGGAAGGUGACAGCAGACACAACCCGGCCAAGAACAGCGCCCCUUCCAGGGUCAGCUCGGUGCGCAGCAUCUCCAAGGCGAAGAUCCGCACGGCCAAGAUGACAUUCGUCAUCAUCAUGGUGUACAUCAUCUGCUGGACCCCGUUCUUCUUCGUGCAGAUGUGGUCAGUCUGGGACAGCUCCGCGCCUUUUGAAGGAAUCCCAUUUGCCAUCGUCAUGCUGCUGGCGAGCCUCAACAGCUGCACCAACCCCUGGAUCUACAUGUUCUUCAGCGGGCACCUGCUCUACGACUUUGUGCGCUACUUCCCGUGCGGGGCGCGCUCGCGUGCCCGCUCCCGCGAGGCGGACGAGUCGCGCGCCAGCGACAGCAGCCGCCGGAACCACACGUUCGUGAGCCGCCUGACCAGGAGGAGCCUGACGCUCUCCUCGGGCUCGCAGCACGAGGAGGCGUCGUCGCGCACCACCAGCCUCUCUCCCGUCGCACGAGUGCCCAAGACGUACUUUGCGUGAGCCGCUCGUGUCUUUUGAUUUUUAAAAUAAUCUGAUUCCCAGGGCUUCAUUUCGGCUGGGGGUUUGUCCCGGGGGGGUCAGCGACCGGCACAGGCACAUCGCGUACACGUCUCGCUCCGGCUGUGGUGGCUACGGGUCUAACAGCCACCCCGGAAAGUAUUUACGCACCCGGCACACCACGUCCAGUAUACUGCUCGUUAUGACUGUGGCUGCCAGGUAAGUGCCACUCCCCCCGCCCCCGCCUACCCGGUCUACUGAAGUCUACCAACGGGCCAGAAAAUAUUUACGCAGCUAGCAGAGCAUAUCCAUCAUUCCUCUAGCCGUGGCUCUCCGUGCCACCCACUGCAGUCUUACUGGCGACCCAGAGAACAUUCGGUGAGAAAUGAAGCCCUGCUUUUUUUUUCCCUUUGUGUGUUUUUGAGAUGUGUGAGCGGUUGGUGCAGAAUGUGUACUGCGUUGGUUGCGAGGCUUACACCGUGAACACCGUCGAUGCUCCCAGCAGUGCGCUAGGGAUUGACAUUUUGCGAUUGAAGGGAACGCACUCGGUUGCUUUUUGUGACUUUCAUUGCAUUUCGAUUUAAAGCUUUCGUGAUUGCAGGGAUUCAUCUUCUUGGUUCUUUCGGUAAAGUCACGUAGAAUGGAAAAAAAAACAUAAUAAAAUAAUUCUCACGACGUUUCGGCAACAACGCAAGCAGCCGUUGUGAGAAUUAUUUUAUUGUUUUAUUUUAUUAUUAUUAUUUUAUUAUUUCCAUUCUACGUGACUUUACCGAAAGAACCAAGAAGAUUUCAUUGCAUUGUAAAAUAAUAUAUAUACAAACAUUCCCAGCUUUGAGAAAACUCCAGGGCACGAAGAGACGGUGUGAUGUUUAUGAGUUAUUGGGCAUUCCGUGCAACUGCAAGCAAGAUAAUUCAGGGAGAGAGAGCAGGAGAUAUUUUUUGUUGCCAUCAGUAGGUGGAAGUGGCCAUGCAGAUGACAGCCAUAUUUAGCAUGCAGUGAAGCUCAAUGGAGCAAUUUUUGUUGGAAAAAGUAGCGCGGGUAUUUGUGAUUUAUGCUCUUACACACAGAUACAGAGUGAUAAUGUUUAAGUAUUGUACACAGGAAGGAAUAUAUUAGGGAGAGUAUUUUUGCAAGCAUGCGCAAAUCUUUGUGAAUGUGUUUAAAAUACAAAUGUUUUCCAAUAUAUUUAGAAGACAAAAAAAGUUACAACCACACGGAUUUGUGUGCAUAUGUAAAAGUGAGUCUAAUUUUUUGACAAAAUGUAACAGUGGCUUAAAUUGAGCUCAGUAUUAUAUGUACAGUUAUUACGUGUAUUGAAUAUUAUAUAAACUUGCAUCGAAUUAAGUUAGUUUUACCGAUCAGCUUUUCAUAAAUAUAGUUACUUUGUAUCACUGUGCUCGAUACAAAUCCUUAGCCAUGAGGGUGGUGAGAGGGGGGAGGGGGGGAUCACCCCUCCUCUAGACAUCAGUACCCCCCCAAACCAAUCCAAAUGGUGAUAUGUACCAAAAUACAUUGUUAACAAGGAAAUUUGUCAACAUCAUGCGCCUUUGCCAAAGCUACGCAUGGCUUCAGUUUCAGUUUCAUUUAUUAGGAUUUACCCUGUGAGCCAUUCGGCUCUUGAUUUGGGUUCAACCGCAACAAACAAGAAAAUUACAAGAUACACCUAAAAUUCAUUGUACACAAAUCUGAACAUCACAUACGUGAACAAUAAAAUCCUACAGAAUAAGCACAACCUGUCCAUGCUGUAUACAGAAAGUGCAAAACAUUCCAUUUCGAUGUUUGAUCCCAAUAGCAAUCAUUAUACAAUACAGAUAAAAAAACAAGUAUUAACCUAUACUAAAUUAAAACGAUCGGGCCACACCAAGCCCCUUUAAAACUUACUAAAACAAUGCUAUAUAAACAACGUAACAACAUUCUAAAGUUUUUUUCCCUCCAAAAAUUGUAUUGGAGCAACAAAGGCAUGCAUUUUAAUGGGCAAAAAACAUGCCCCAUCUAAGAUUUGCUGACAACAAAAUCAUUAGAACAACAUCCAAGUGAAAUGCUUGAUCACAACGGAGGAUAAAACUUGUGCCAGACGGCCCAGAACACACGGCACCACUGGAUUUCCGUAUUCUUGAUAAGAUACUAAGUAGAAGCGAGGGAUAGUGAAUUAUUUCUCAGCUAUAACAUCCACCCACCCGUAUUUUGGUUCAGUGUGUGCCAUCAUGGAGGUCAAUCACGCUCGAAACUGUGCCGUGGAAUGGAAAAAGAUUGAGCACUACUCAAUCGGGUCGAAUGUUUCACAACGGUCAAUGUAUGUUAUGGUAUUGUGAACUUCUUUUGCACCGUACGUAGCCAACCGUGCUUAUCGGAGGUGCGGGAAACUGUCUAACCAAUUCGCUAAAUCGUAUCGUGAGUCCUGCAGCCAUUUUUAAUGACACACGGUAUAACUUGUAAAAUCCACUAAAGGAUACGUUCUGUCCAUCAGGAGUCGAUAUUUACGUCUAACUGAAUUUUGCUGCAGAAAUCUGGUCGAUCCGCUUCAUAACCAAAGACUGUGCACCCGUAGUAAACCAUGUAUUCAAAGACAAUGACAGAGAGGGUUUCGUAAAGUAUUUAUUUUAUUUAACGUUUACGGAAUGUGUAAUAUAAUGUCACUUAUACCUUGUGCAUGUACGUGACGUAAGAUUACCUGUUUUGCUUAUCUUUCAACCGUUUUAGUUUUUCCUAGACGACAGCCGUCUGCCGAUGUUGCCAAAUUUUGCAUAGCGAAGCAUUCACUUUGUCUUCAUACAUCUGUUUACAGUUAAAAAAUGUUAUCUGUAAAUCUACCCAUCGUGGAAUAAAAGAUAA